AUGGAGGAAACUGAACUCUGCUUUCCAAAACUCCUUAAUAUCUCCUGCAGGAGGCCAAAGCGUCCUCACUUUGAGAUCAUGCUGACUUACAUUCUGCUCUCCUUCAUUUCUUUGCUUACUGUGAUUCUUAACCUGCUGGUCAUUAUCUCCAUCUCACACUUCAGGCAGCUCCACACCCCCACCAACUUCCUCCUUCUCUCUCUGGCUGUCGCUGAUUUCUUUGUAGGUUUCCUUAUGUUCUUUCAAAUAGUGCUCAUCGAUGGAUGCUGGUUCCUCGGUGACAUCAUGUGCACUCUGUAUCAGUAUCUAGCAUUCAUUAUUACUUCAGCCUCAAUAGGAACCAUGGUGAUCAUAUCUGCUGAUAGGUAUUUGGCUAUUUGUUACCCUCUGCAUUACUCCACCAAAAUCACACAACAAAGAAUUAAUAUAUGUAUAAGUUUGUGUUGGUUUUUUUCUGUAAUCUUUCAGAGUUUGAUUGUGAAGGAUAACUUGAAACAACCAGGAAAGUAUAACUCCUGCAUUGGAGAGUGUGUCUUUGUCGUUAACUACAUUGCUGGGAUUUUUGAUCUUUUGUUUUCCUUCAUUGUUCCCAUUACUGUGAUUGUAGUUCUGUAUCUGAGAGUGUUUGUGGUGGCUGUGACUCAGGCUCGUGCCAUGAGGUGUCAACUUGCAGUCACUCACCAGCGAUCAGUUACAGUAACUGUUAUGAAAUCGGAGCUGAAAGCAGCCCGUACUCUUGGUGUUGUUGUAGUUGUGUUUCUUAUAUGUAUGUGCCCAUAUUACUGCGUUGCUCUCACAGGGCAAGAUAACUUCCUAAAUGCUUCAUCUGCUGCCUUUGUAAUAUGUUUGGUGUACUUUAACUCUUGCCUAAACCCUAUCAUUUAUGUCUUUUUUUAUCCCUGGUUCAGAAAGUCAAUCAAACUUAUUGCUACUCUUCAAAUACUGCAGCCUGACUCCUGUGAGACUAACAUGCAUUAA